AAUGACUCCCAGCCCUGUGUUUGGGUGAAGCAUGAUGGUCAUUUGUGCUCAUUGAGCCCAGCUGGUGCUGCAGGCACUAGCACAGCCUCCUUAGCUCCCACUUCAGCCGUGGGAGGUGCUGUGGGGUGGGGAGUGAGAUUUUAGUUGCUAUGUUUUGAAAAUGGUUGGAGAUUCUGAGGAGAAGGAAUAAACAUCAGAUGGUUUUAGUCUGGUCAGAGAAGAUGGGAAAUGCAGUGACUGAAAGAGUGCAGGCCCCACAGGGAGAGCAGCCUGGAGCCUUGCAGCGGCACAAAGGAUUUUCUUUCACGGGAGGGUUUCACUCUGGAGCCUUCUUGCGGAAUUCCCGGUGCUGGGAAGGAGCAGCUCCGCAGUAGAUGCUCAGGAAAAGGAAGAUUCUGUUAAAAGCCCAGACUGCGUGGAAAGACUGGCACGAAAAUACAUGCAGAAGUGCACAGUGGAGUCAAGCACAGAGUCUGAGAAUGAAUCCAGGGCAGAGGUUGUGCCUAGCCCACUUUCUGGAGGACCCAAGAAAGCAAAGGAAUCCAGAAGACUACAAUUUGUAGAUCCUUAUGAUGGUGAUUCAGAAGAUGCAUCUGUUCACACUGACUGUGGUAUAAAAGAUGCACCAUGGAGAAACAGUGCCUCAAAAGCAGUGCCUUUGGAGGAUGCUGAUACUUCAGAGGAUGAAGAAUCCUUCCCUAAUCCCCCAAAUGUCAGUGAAAUUCAGGCAGUACAUGACUGCAGAGCAGCCCUGGAGCUCCCUGGCCAGGAGAAGGGUCUGUUGCAGUCACCUCCAGGCCCAGGAGCAUUUAUCCCGGCGGGGCUGACACCUGACCACGCCUCACCGAGGGCUGUUAACCCUUCAGUCUCCGCGGGUCUCCCUGCAAUCCUGGCUGGCACUGCUCCACAGCCCCUGCUCCCAGCUCACUGUGAUGGCACAAUGGCAGAGCAGCCCAUAAUUAAAAGAAAACAAGGGAUUCCUGCUCCAGAGGGUGCUAGUGAAAAACUAAAGAAAUUCCGUACCACUUAACCUAAGGGAUGAAUAAAUCAUUGGACAGACUGUUCUGGAGGAUCAUUCUGGUAGAGAUUUCUUUUGCAGUGUGUACCUGAACUAACCAGGCUGCCUCAAGCCUGUUACAAAUGCACUGCACUGUACAGUAAGCUCUGAGCUCCACCUGAAAAACUGAAUCAAACAAGUUGUGUGGCAAUUCCAGUGAAAACGAGCAAGGGUCUAUCCACAGCAUGGCAGACCAGCUUGGUGCCCAGGUCCUCUGGAAGCAGCAGCCCCAGCUCCUGUGUGCAGUACCUGGAGGCAGCUGCUCAGUUUCAGUGUAAUCUCACCAACACUGACAAGGGUUUGUCAGGAGGGAAAGAAGAAUGACCCUUGGCUGCAAUUAUCUUCCAACAGCUAUGGCUUGUCUGGCACCUGCUUCACUGGUGUUUGGCUCCUGCUGUGCCUGACCUCCCUCCGAGUGGUGAAUGAUACAGGUUUGACUGCCAACAGCUGAACUGACUGCAACUGCUGGCAAUCCAGCAUUCAUUUUCUGCUUCAAAGGGGGAGAAGUUGUCUAAUUGCUGUUAACACAGCUGCUCCUUCCUUGUUGGACCAAUGUUUUGGGCAGUUUCUGUGUAGCUGCCAGAACAGUGUUUACAAUGUGAUGUGGAACACAUUAGCUCAGAGCUGCUUAGUGAAAGCAAUCAUUCAGGAGCUGCAGGAAUGGUGCCCACAGAUGGGAGACGAGUUAGGGAGCGAAGCCUGUCUCUCUGAUCUCUCUUUCCUGUAUGGUAAUUUCUUUAAUCAGGUUUAGAAUCUGGGUAGUCCAUUUGUGUGGGAGGGAAACUACUUACUAUGAAAGUAUAAUUAUGGCUUGAAAGAUGUUAGUACCAGCAACUUUUUUUUGUACAACUGGCAGAGAUUUUUAGUUUCCAGUUUCUUUCAUAGGAUGGAAAGCCAUUCAAAAUAUUAUUUAACUGCUAACAUUGCACCCCUUCCAUCUGUGUAUAUAUUUUAUUAAAGCAACUUCUCUUUCAUCCUUA